GCCAAUGCCAUAUCCGAAUCAUAUUGGCUCUAUACACGUUCUUCUUCUUUUAGCUUCUAUGAUCUGCAGAAAAAUGACUAAGCAUUACCACCUAUCUUCUCUCUUACUACUUGCAUUUCUAAAUGUAUUUUUCAUUCAUGGCGACAUAAAUGGUGCGACUGCACGCCACCUCCUAGAGACACCUCUCCCUGAGAUUCCUAAACCAGAACUCCCGAAAGUCCCAGCCUUGCCAAAGCCUGAAAUCCCAACUGUGCCAAAGCCUGAGCUUCCAACCAUACCAAAGCCUGAGAUCCCUGCUGUUCCAAAGCCCGAGCUACCAACUUUCCCGAAGCCCGAGUUACCAACUUUGCCAAAGCCUAAGAUGCCAGUUGUUCCAAAACCUGAGAUCCCAGCUGUGCCGAAACCCAAGCUUCCUGCUAUGCCAAAACCUGAGUUUCCUUCCUUGAAAAAGCCAGAAGUCCCAGCAGUGCCGAAGACUGAGGCUCCUCCAGCUGUGAAAAAUCCUGAGAUCCCAACAAUGCCAAAGCCUGAAUUACCAACUUUACCAAAGCCUGAGAUCCCAGCUAUACCAAAAACCGAGAUUCCUGCUAUCCCAAAACCUGAGAUUCCAGCAGUACCAAAACCUGAGAUUCCAGCAAUAUCAAAACCCGAGUUUCCUCCCCUGAAAAAGCAAGAAACCCCAGCAACACCAAAGAUUGAGGUUUCUCAGGUGAAAACGCCUGAAGUUCCAACUUUAACAAAACCCGAGCAACCAAGUGUGCCAAAGCCUGAGAUCCCAGCUAUGCCAAAGCCUGAAAUCCCAGAACUACCAAAGCUAAAAGUCCCAGAACUUCCAAAGCCAGAAGUCCCAGCUAUGCCAAAGCCAAAAGUUUCAGAACUUCCAAAGCCAGAAGUCCCAGCUAUACCAAAGCCUAAAGUCCCAGAACUACCAAAGUCAAAAGUCCCUGAACUUCCAAAGCCUGAAGUACCAUCUAUGCCAAAGCUUGAAAUCCCAGAACUACCAAAGCCAAAAGUUCCUGAGAUUCCAAAGCUACAAGUCCCAACUAUGCCAAAGCCUGAAAUUCCAGAACUGCCUAAACCAACUCUUCCUUCACUUUCUCCACCAUACAAACCCGCUAAUCCUUGAGUAAAUUAUAUGCUACUUUAGCCAACUGAUGUUUUGCGAUUCCAUCCAAGCCUAUUAAGUUUGCGACUUGAGCGAUGACAUGGAGAAAGUAUUGGAUACUUUCUGCUAGGCGUAGAAAUUGCAAUUCUUUUAUAGUAGUAUUUGAAUUGGAUGUACCAUGUUUGAUUUGUCAUUAUAUUGUAUGAGUGUUUGUACUUUCUAUAUAUACAUACAUUGUAAUAUAGCUUGAUCUUUGUCA